AUGGUUCACGCCUGGUUUGUUUCAGAAGGCAAAGCAACACCGAUGCGCCGCGUGCGUCCUAAUUUUGCCGAAGAUGUGUAUGGUGCAAAUGCAGCGUCGUCAAAGCAGGAGGAGCACGACGAAGUUGAUGAUAUGUCACCGGAUAUGUGCGAAUCGGCAUUGGCCCAGCGGCGUUCUGCGCAGCUUCCAAAGCUAAAAGAAAUUGGAAACAAUCCACGGCCGCUGAGCGGCGAUCUUUCGGUAGCGCGCUAUGAAAUGAACGAUUUUGAAUUUGUGUAUUCGGACUGCGACACGCAUGCCGCCGAACUGGCCGAAUUAUACACCUACAGCGAAGUGGAGGAUUGGUCGCUCAAUAUGCAUGCGUUCCAGAAUUACGUCGAAUCCAAACAGGCAUGCAUUGAUCACAUAUGGUCGCUUCUGACGGAUCUUCAGCAGAGGAAUGUGUUUCUGGGUUUGCUGGAGCAACUGGAACGUACUGAGCCGAAUGUGCGCCUCAAUGCCGCAAGAUGCAUUCUUUACGUGUUGCAGGGCGCCUAUAUGGACUUUGUAGACGAGAGACAUGUUACUGUUGAUGGUACUUUCGAAGCGCACGAUCCGGUAAAUAAUGUUGGCACCGAAGAUUGCGAAGAGAAGUGCCUUUCAGAAGGUAUUCUCAACGCCUAUAAGGCCUAUGAAUUCGGAACUUAUCAGCAGCACUACCUUUGA